AGACAUCCUGACAUUCCUUGUCUCGCUUCUCUAGUCUUUCUCGGUACAUCACACCCUCCCUUCCCCCUUCCUGAAGAGAUUUCCUCAGCAUUCUCGUUCUACGAUAUUCCGACAAACGCUUAUUCUAAACUAUCGUUCAAAUUCUCAUGAUGAGUUCCGAACAACCGGAAAAGGUUCAAACGGCAGAGCUUGUAAGAGUCACCCGUGCUGUACUUGUUAACCCUAAAUCAGUGAGCUUCUGCUGAUGCUCCGCAGACUGGGGAUACUCCUGUUUCGGCGCCCGGGGGCGUCGGGGAAAACACAGCUGCUGAGCCAACACCAACUACUAUUUCUUCCGCCAACCCAAUACCAGAAGCCAACACUUCCUCAGUCCCCGAAUCCAACGUCGAAAACCCGCCGCCUAAACCGCCGCGCCCAAUGUCUCCUCAACAACAGGCUCAAGCUACCCUUCAAGAGGCCUUCCCCUCUAUCGACGCUGCCGUAGUCAAAGCAGUUCUUGUCGCCUCAGGCGGCCAGGUUGAGCCGGCAUUUACCGCUUUGCUGAGUAAGUUGGGUUACUUUAAUCAAGUAGAUGACAUUUGUACUAAACUCUCAAUAGCUAUGAGCGACCCCACUUUUGCAGAAGAGACUCCUCCUCCGCAACCUCCUCGACCUGCACAGCAUGCUCAGAUACAACAGGUUUGAUCACUCUCUCGUGGCGCUAUAGAGAUUCUAACGUGUACUAGCCGUAUGCGGAUCGCCCAGAGCGCCAUCAGGGCCCUGGUGGCUCCCUACCGUCACCAUAUGUAACUUCUACUCCACAAACUCAACUUGAAGCGGACGAAAUUUAUGCUAGACAAUUGGCAGGCCAGUUCAGUGCGCCCAGGAGAGUUGCAACCGGCAGGCCUCGCCCAGGCGCCAGCACAGCUUUAGACCCAGAAUAUGAGACAGGGGGAAGAAGAGGAAGAUUGCAUGACCCAGAUUCUGACUACGAUUCUGACAAGGAGCACUCGUUCCUUGAUGGUUUGUACUACCGGGUUCCUCAUCUAUGACUUUCUCCUGCUGACAGACUCAGACGAUCUUCCGGUUAUCAAGGAAAACCUUCGCAAAGGCUUUCUUGACACACAAACUAAAUUUAAUUCUUGGAUUUCUGAUUUUAAGAAGAAACUGGAUGGUGACUCUCCCGAGACAUCUCCUCCGAGCUCCGCAAGGCCUAGCAACCAGUAUGCAAGGAGCGGUAACCGAACCGCUACCGGAUUCGAAAACCCUAGAAGGAGUUCGAGAGACGGGGGAUACGACGCUGACCCCCGGGUUCUAAGUGACGAUUUUACGCACCUUGAGCUUAGGGACAAUUCUGUUCAAAGUAUGCGAUAUUCCUUAGCAAUUUAAGGGACGAUGUGGCGUUGUUGUGUUCCAUUGCUAAAUAGCAUGUAGAUCCGCAACCUCGCCGCCCCAAGGCCAAUCCUGGAUUGUUUCAACCUUCAAACAAGCCCACUGGCCGCAAAGUAUCUUUUGAUGAGCGCCCAGUUACUAUUUCUGAUGACGAUAUGUAUCGUCCACCGCAGCCCCCUCGCUCUACAUCAGCUGGUGCACCAGCUCGACAAACAUCUCCAUCAUCCAGUAAAUGGGAGCCUCUGAAGAGUGUGGAGCCGGCGCCAAUGGACAGGGAUCCUUUCUCACUUGGUGAUAGUGACGACGAACGGGAUGGCUUAUUAAAGGAGAGCGAUGCAAAGCCAGUUUCUGUUUCGUCGGCGCAGGAGACUGGUAUCAUAUCCAAGGACGUCACAAAAUGAAGCAUAGGGCCGGGGUAUUGAAAAGUUUGAUAGUUUCGUAAACGAUUGUUAGCUUUGGGGGUUGUAUUUUUCGUUCCUAAGCUCUAGGUUGGGGUUGUAAUGUUUUAAGUGAGCUUGUAUUCUGUGUUCGCUGGAGGCUCGAGUGGAUUUUGCUUUUUUUUUCUUUGUAUCUAGUACUAUCGAACCUAUAUUCCGCCUGA